UUCUCCUGCAGUAAAUUUUUCUUUAACACCGUUUCGUUGUUUACAGUUUUGCAGACUAGACAAUUUGAUAAUUUUAACUAAAAGAGAAAGAUGACAAGCUUUAAAUCUUUAAUAUCUGACGCGAAAUGCACAGAACUUCACCGCGUUGUAGAAUCUGAAGGUGAUAAGUUCCUGUGUUUUACCCGAUUCACCUCCAAUUGGAUCUUGUGUGUGACAGAUGGGUUAGCAUUGUGGAAAGUGGAUUUGGACGAAGAGGAAACAGAUGCUCUUAGAGACCUGGCUGGAAUAAAUACAAUGGACGCAUUCCUGACAAGAUUCAGGAAUGGAUUUCAUACAGGAGAUCUUGAUGUAGCUAUCGUUGGAAACAAAGUAACUGUUACAGUUGGUAAAGGUUCCUCCAAGGUUAGUGUGGAUUUGUAUGAGGCAAAAGCAGCAGAGAAAAAAUCCGAGAUGCAGAACGUUCUUUUUAGGCUUGCCGAGUCGUCAACAAAGUUAGCAACAGAUCUAGACAAAGCUAAUCAUACUAUAGAUACACUGAAGGCACAAAAAGGAACGGGACAAGCACAGGCAUUCAUGGAUCUUGGACCUAAAAAGGGACCAAACCCAGCAAAAGCCAAACCCACAAAAGUUGGAAUGAGUGUACUUAAUCCAACUAGCAAGAAACGUAAAGCAGCUCAUGGUGUUGUGUUUGACUGACAUUUUUAAUGCCUACCAACAUAAAGUCAUACAUCCAAUUUCUUCAUGGAAUUACAGUUGUCAAUUGUGUCAUUCAAAAUGUUAGCAAAGUAUCCAUAUAGACAAUCUGUAACAUAAUUAUGCCUAAAUGUCAUUUUAAGCUGCUUAGUAGGCAGCUGGUUUUAAAUCACAGCAGACUGGUGAAUAAGUCAUUUGCUAACAUUGUCUUUUUUCUUUAAUAAACAAUACACAUAUAAGGUUCACUUGCCUCUGAAUGGCCUGUAAUCUGAAAGUAUUUAUUGGGAGUAAAUUCUAAGUUUCUUUUCAUCAUGAACAAUUGUUUUAUCAAAUUGCAUGCAAUAUUUAACACAGGAUUUAUUAUUGAAGAAAAUUUCAAAUUUAAAGGAUUUUUUUCAUUGGGCACAGCUGUCGGCCACAAUCAGUCAGCGACCAUAUAUUCAGCUGGAGAAGCUGGACCUAUGUCUAAAAUAUUAUUGUAGUCUUUGACAGUACUCACUUCUAAAAACAUUCCAGUUUCCCGUUUGUCUGAAAUAUGGUAAAAACUGUCUGUUUUCUGAAAAGUUGCGACUUUCAGCAAUAUUCAGUUAUGCAUUUUUCUUUUUAAAAAGUUCAGUAUAGAAAAUAAGCCCUGGUAAGAAACAGUAUCUAAUUUUUAAGUUACCAUCUGUUUGAAAAAAAUUCUAAUGAUGGUGUAGGCCAUUUAAGGUUUAAAUGAACCUUGUCUUUUACAUUAUAGUUAGUUAUUUUAAAGUGGCAUUAUGCGCAUCUUACUGCACAUAGUGUGUUUUUGGUGAAUGUUUUAUAAAAGCAAUUUUUUGUUUCUGUGCAUUUAAAUGUGUUAAAUUAACGAUAAUGCCGCAUAAGUAUUUGAAGUUUAUGCUUUAGAAAUAAAGAAAUCGGACUGAUAAAAUAAUGGUCCUUUUCUUCAAUCUUCUACGCUUUAGAAAUAAAGAAAUCGGACUGAUAAAAUAAUGGUCUUUUUCUUCAGUCUUUUAUGCAGUAAUCUCCCUUACCUAUAGGUAGAGAUUUCUGAAGUUGAAGGGAAGCAACUCCUGCGUGCAGUUUGACUUUUCUCAAAGACUGCCCCAGUCAAAAUAAGAAAAGUUAUACUUGGAAAGUUAUUAUUUCUUACAGUGAGUUUGGUAUAUUGGGUUAAAAGCUGUAAUUUCCUCCACCCUUUUUACGCACACAUCUAUUUCAGCUUUUUUACUUUAUUACUUGUAAAAUGCGCAAAAUUCCACUUUAAUGCAGUGUUCAUAGUUAAAUUUUGUGAGCAAUUAUAAUGAUUUUUUGACAUAUAACAAUAAAUGUUCAAUACUUGUAAA